AACCCUAAAACCAAAAAAACACUCACCAAAAAAACACAGCACGAAAGCUUGUUCAACAUCGCUUCGAUCUUCUCUCACAAGGAGCCUAACACUUUGCUGAUAUUUCCAAGAAUGGGAAACUGUUGCACAGCUGGAUCUUCCACGAUCUGGGCCGGCGAUGAUUGGAACUCGCUCCUUGAUGACGGAGGAGAAAGCAAGAAGAGGGUUCUCGACGACGAUACCGAUGGAAAGAGAGUUUCUUCUUCAUCUUCUUCUUCUUCGCGCAGGAGAGAGAUGAAGAUCAAGAUCAGUAAGAAGGAGCUGGAGAAGUUGAUGGAAAGAAUAGAGGCUCAAGGACUGUCUCUAGAGCAAGUCUUGCCUCUCCUGAUUAACAAGAACAGCUCCGAUCGUCAUCGGUCGGGUUUCGCGAAGCACGGCAGCCAUCGUUCAUGGAGGCCGGCUCUGCAUAGUAUUCCGGAAACCAUCUAGAAAGAAGCUUUUCUCAUUCUUUUGUUCUUUGUAUGUACAUGGGACAAGGCAUAGAUUUCCUCUAGUUCCUAGGUUAUGGUAGGCU